AUGCCACUCACAGCACACGGCUUCUCCGCCGCCGAAAUCCACUCCAAGAUCCAGCUCCUCAUCAACGGCCUCGUCAACAUCAAAGAUGACACGGGCGAAUUCCUCAUGACCCUUGCCGACGGCCGCGUCAUCGACACCAAAGGCUGGAACGACUGGGAAUGGACACACGGCAUCGGCCUGUACGGAAUAUGGAAAUACUACCAAGCCACGGGAGACGCACGCCACCUCCAGAUAAUAGAGGACUGGUUCCGGGACCGCUUCGCAGCCGGCGGCACAACAAAGAACAUCAACACCAUGGCGGCCUUGCUCACGCUCGCAUACGUAUACGACCAGACCAGGAACCCAACCUAUCUGCCGUGGUUAGACAACUGGGGCGAGUGGGCGUAUCGCGAUCUCGGACGCACCAAGCACGGCGGCAUGCAGCACACGACGUACCUCGAGAACAACGACCAGCAGCUCUGGGACGACACGCUCAUGAUGACGGUCCUGCCGCUGGCCAAGAUUGGUCUUGUCCUCGACCGGCCUCACUACGUGGCCGAGGCCAAGAGGCAGUUCCUGCUGCACAUCCAGUACCUGUUCGACGCGAAGACGGGGCUGUUCUUCCACGGGUGGACGUUCCGCGACGGCGGGCAUCAUUUCGCGAGCGCCCGCUGGGCCAGGGGCAACAGCUGGUUGACGAUUGGGAUCCCCGAGUUUAUCGAGCUGUUGGAUCUGGGCCGGUCCGACGGGCCUUUGUGCAGCCACUUGCAAGCUACGCUGGCUGCGCAGUGCGAGGCUCUCAAGACACUCCAGUCGCCAAACGGGCUCUGGCGCACUCUCCUAGAUGUUUCCGAGGAGGAUGGGUCGUACGGCGAGUCCAGCGCCACCGCUGGCUUCGCUUUCGGCCUGUUGAAGGGCCAGCGGAAACGAUAUAUCCAGGGAGAGUACCAGGACGUCGCGUUCAGGGCUGUGCGAGGCGUGCUAGAGAACAUCAGUCCAGACGGCCAGUUGCAGAACACUUCUUUUGGAACGGGCAUGGGGUCAGAUUUGGAGUUUUACAAGAAGAUUCCAAUCACACCUAUGCCUUACGGGCAGGCCAUGGCGAUACUGGCGUUGGUUGAGUUGUUAAACAUCUUCAUCUAG